UCGUACUUUGCGACCCUGAGGAUCCAUCGAUUUCAAUCCCCUUCUUCUUCUUGUUUUUCCUCCAUCAGCUCCAGUUCCAGUUCCAGUUCAAGCUCCAGCUUGACUGACGGGGUUAUUUGUCCUUGUCCCUGCUGCAUCCACCGCAGCUGUGAAAGUCCCUGCUGGAUGAUCGACCGGAUGACUUCAUCCCCCCCUUCUUGCAUCAUCACCAACUCUCUUUGUCAUUCCAAUCCGGUUGCAGUGCGAACUCGGCCAUUCCAUCUAGAUAGUCCACAGUACACUGUACACCAAGGCACAGUAAACUACUAAUUCAGUUUUCAUCAUUAUUCAAUAUUCUUCUCCCAAUUGAUCCAUCCAAGAUCAUGUCCCCUCCGCUUCCUUUACUUCCGGGCUCAAAUGCCCGGCUCGGUCGCUUUUCUUCCUCCCUGCUGCUGCUGCUGUUGCUGCUUCUGCUGUCGCAGUCGCUCUGUCAUCCCUCCCCCCUCGGCUCGGAUGCCUCUCAUCCUCUUGCAAAUUCCCCCGAGGAUUUCUCCGUGACCGAUUUGGCCGACAGCCUGGCCGCUGUAGCUCCUCCUACCUCUGCUGUCCCGAUUGGGAAUCUGGUCACACUCCCCCCUUCUACCACUUCCACUCCCGGUGAUCAGUCCGGGUUAGUGGUGUCUCCCUCGUCGCGCUCCAAUUCCUCCGAUCUUGAAGCUUCUCCCGGCAUCGCGCAGCAGAUGAUUCGCUCCACCAAGGUUGCCAUUGUCACCCUCGCUUCAUUGAUCGCCUAUGUCUUGAUCAAUAGCGCCGCGCGGGCCGUGAACCCGUCGGCUUUCGUCUGGUAUGCUGAGGAUCAUGACGAGCAGAGCUGGAUUGCCUCCUCGCCGUCCUGGCUGGAUCGCAAGGCCUGUCGCUGGCUCGGCAUGUGCGGGACCGCCCACUUCCGCCUGGUGCGGGCCCGCUACGGCCAGCGCGAGCCCACUCUGGGACCCUGGUCGCCCGAAAGCGAGGCCCACUACGCCGCCUGGCGCGAUGCGCAAUUCAAUGACUCCCAGCAGCCCGCAUGGGAUGAAGCCGAACGCUCGCGUCGGCAAAUUCCGGAGUAUGUCUUCCAGUAUGCACCGUUGGUCUACUUGUCCUCGCAUGAACAGUUCUGGCCUGGAGACAUUGCCGAACAUCUCUACCACGUCACCCCGAUGCUGAACUACACCCCCAUUCAGUCGGAUGAGGAGCAUCCCACCCUGCAGAACCUCGAUCAGCUGAACGAGUGGCAGGAGGGUGAGUACGUAUAUCUGACCAGCAACGACAAUGUAGAGGAUCGCCCGCCAUGGAUUGAGGGCGAGAAGAAUAUUCCUGAAGAUCCCGAUGACGACCUUGAGCUGUCUUGGCCCGACUGGGAUGGCCGGAUAGACGGGCCUAUUCCCGGGGACACGCCAGAGGAACGCUCCCAGUGGUAUGACACCGGCCGUCUCUCAUCAUCGGAGGGAGAGGAUGACAGUUGGUCUCCUGAAGACCUGGGCUAUCUCCGCCCGGAGGACCUCGCGGACGAGGAUGUCCGAACCGAGUUGCGCAAACGGUUCGGCGGCGAGCCCAUCCACGUCGAAAAGACUGGCGGGCGCAGUAAUGCUCCGGCAAUUCUGCUGGUGAUGGACAAAGGCCACGGCGUCGUAGAUGCGUUCUGGUUCUAUUUUUACAGCUUCAAUCUGGGCAACGUAGUGCUGAACGUGCGGUUCGGGAACCAUGUGGGUGACUGGGAGCACUGUCUGGUGCGAUUUCACGACGGCAAGCCCAAGGCGCUUUUCUUCAGCGCGCACUCGGCGGGAGAAGCAUACAGUUACGAGGCCGUGGAAAAGAUCGGCCAGCGGCCCGUGAUCUACUCCGCCAUGGGCACCCAUGCCAUGUAUGCCACCCCGGGCAUCCAUGCCUACAUCCUGCCCUGGGGCCUGCUGCACGAUCAGACCGACCGCGGUCCCCUGUGGGACCCUCUUCUGAACGCCCACGCCUAUACGUACGAUUAUGAUAAGGAUGCCCUUCGUGCAUCCACCGCCACCCCGAGUGCCCCUAUCGAGUGGUUCUACUUCAACGGCCAUUGGGGCGACAAGUUCUAUCCGCUAGGUGACCAGCGACAGUAUCGAUUCGCAGGUCAGUAUCAUUAUGUCAACGGCCCAGUGGGACCGCGAUUCAAGCACCUCAACCGCCACAAGGUCUGUCAGCAGCGGGAUGAGGAAGUCUGUGUCAUUAAGAACUACAUUGGGGAAGAAAAGCGGGCUAAACGCUGGGCGGGUACUCGGCCUGAACAUGAGAAAGAACAUGACUAGACGGGGGUCCUCCCUUGGCUGUUUGACAAACCCCAGCCGUGGCACACAACAUGAGGUAUCGUUCCGCACUUGUGCACUCCAUGCUGGUCGGAACCUAUUCCUACUUUAUCCUUAUUCUUUUCCCGACUUCCCCUCGUAUCGUUAUCUUAUUCUUUGUGCGCAUUUGCUUAUUCCGGUGUUAUCUCAUGUGGAUAUACCCUGGCGUUUUCCUUUUUUCUUUACAUCUCCUUGGUCGACUGCAUAGACCACUGGCGCAUGUUGGGACUAGAUUCCCCCUCAAACCCAUGAUGGACGAGUUACAUGACCCUACCUUAUAUCC